GCUGGGGAACUUAUGACGAGCGCUUGUUGCUCAAACAUUUUAAUUCGGAGGAUUUCUCAGCAGUUUUAUUACUUUGUAAUAGUUUUCCCAAUAUAUUUUACAAGUUUUAAAGACUUUCUUUUCUAAGGGGAUAGAUUUUAACGGAUAAGCCCCUCGUCCUCCUGCUUGUAUAAAGGAGCGGAGCCACGCCGCCCUCGGAACGCCGAGCAGCAGGGUCCUCUCUCGACUUGUGCUCGCCUCCUCCUGCUGGAGCUGGAGAGAUGCCCGGGGGAGGAUGUGCUCCAGCCGCAAGAUCCUGUGGAGCCUGCUCCUGCUCUCCUUGGUGGAGGUGGGCCUGGGUGUGGCGAGCAUCGUCCUGGGAGCGGUUGGCAUCAGCUGGGUGCGCGGGGAGCACCCGCCACAUCAGGGCGACGCUUCUCCGGUGUGGAGUGGACUCUGUUUUUUACUCUGUGGGAUGUGUGGAGUGCUCUGUGCUCGGAAGAGGACAGGUCUUAUUAUGAUCCUUUUCUCAGCAUGUUGCAUCUGCGGCCUGAUUGCCGGGAUUCUGAACUUCCAGUUUGUUCGGGCGCUGAACAAAAGGCCAAACUCAAUGCAAUCGAUCCACCUGGCAGCCAUGACACUGGCUGGUCUGGGGAUCUCAACAUGUACCUUAUCCACAUGGCUUACCUGUCGACUGGCCAGCUCUGAGCAGCAGAGGAUGUUCAUGGAGAGGGAGCACUCACUGCACCAUUCACACGAGAUGACAGAGAAGGAGGUCCUUGACAACUCAAGUAAUGGCAUUCCUCAGGUCUCCUACAACGGACACACUUCAGCGUCACCUUAAGGAUUUGACAAACACCAAAACCAAGACCGUUUCUGCAAUACUGUCUGUGAGACAGAAGACUCAGCCUGUGGCUAACUCAACAGUGUUCUGUCCUGAAUACACAAGAAGUGGACCAGGACUGUGUCACUUUGGAAACCUUUACUGCUGUCAGAGACAGAAGCAAAGCUUUUUUUCCUCCUGAAUUAUUAUGCAAACACAGGUUCAAAAAUCCUAAGAUCAGACCAAAGCAAGGAGGCUGAACGGUUGUUUGGAGGACAGCUCAGGUGAACUAUCUACAUGAUAAUCUGCAGGAAGGAUGGAUUUUUACUUUGAAAGCACAAAGUUAGCAUGCAGCUGAUCAAUAUGAAUCAAAGAGCUAUAGCUGUUUAUUCUCACUGUUCUUACUCACUUUCUCUUUUUAGUAAUCAGUUUAAUGAAUGCAGUCUGAGAUAGCCAACAGUCAAUUGUAUGUAAUGUCUAAUGAUGGAAUGCUUUGAUAUGACAACACGGUGAUAAGUAAAUGUACUGUACCAUGUAACAAAGUUUGCACAUCAGGUAUCUAUAAAUCAUUAUUUUUAUAAUGCUUCUUAUAAAGUAAAAUUAAAUAAAA